AUGAUGGCAAGCAACGGCUCUUUCGUACUGGUUGAUCGGUUUUUAACAGUCGAUGCUGAUAUGAAUAAUUGUCCUCAUGAUUAUGUACCUCAGUGCUCUCCUGUUGAACCUUGCAUAACAAGUACAGUGGCUGCUGAUGCGAGAUGUUUGCCGAUAGCGACUGUGUCUCCAAAUUCGGGUCUUGGAAGGCCAUCAUCUCAGGCCCUACAACCUUCACUUAUAUCGUCUCGGCAAGUUGUUUCGCCUCAGGUUAUCGCCUCACAACAUGUUUCUUCUUCACAAGUGCCUAAUUAUCAGCCUUCGCCAUCAUCAUCAUCGGCUACCAUUGCACCUCCACCAAAUGGUGCAACGAAUGCGAUGUUUCGUGUCCAAAUGUGGUCCAAUAAUUUUGACAGUGGAGUGCAUUCAAUGAAUCAUAGUUCAGCUCCAUCGUUAAUAUCAGUUAGUUCAUUACGAGCAGGCUCACAGAUUUCAACGAUGUCUGAUGAUGCUCAUUCUCGUAUGGAAUUAACGGAUCAGCAACAAAUAAAAUUUGAAAAUAUACCAGCCAACAUUGGACGUGGUUCACAGGAUAGUGAGGCACGGAAUGCGAUACCGGAGUUAAUACAUCUUCUUAGUGAUUCGGAUGAGAUCGUCGUACAACGUGCUGCCACAAUGGUACAAAAUAUAGCCAAAAUGGAUUCAGAUCAACCACCAUAUACUGAACCAGUGAUUCGUGCAUCAGAAGUGAUACCUCAGUUGAAUGAAUUAUUGCGAACUCAUGCAAAGUCACCUGCGAUAAUAAAGCCAACAUUGGGAGCACUUUUUCAAAUCUCUGAACGAAGAGAUGGCCUCGAAAGUAUAUUAAAGUUUAUUGAGCAAACGAAUGGUGCUCUUCUCAUUGAUAUUAUUCAACAUAUUAAAUUUACCGGUGGAUCAGCACUUCGUUAUGCCAUUUUAACAUUUCACACGAUUAUUGCCGAAAAAUCAUCCGAAGGUCGAAACGUAGAAAUCGCCAGGGAAAAUGCUGCUCUUCAAGCAGUUACGCAAUUUUUGGAUCGGGAAACUAAUGAAAAAUUGCUUUCUGUUAUUGUUGAAUGUGUUCGCCUUUUAUGUGAUAAAAGUCAAUCGCAAAGGACAUUGUUUAUUCAAUUACAUGGUCCUGUUAAACUAUUAAAUAUCCUUAGAAAUUUGCGUUAUGAAGGUCUUUUAUGGAGGACAACUCAGUUGUUGAAGACUUUCUCGAAUGCGGAUCCUCAAGCUGUAGUUGUUUGUGGCGGUUAUGAUGUUCUAUAUAGGCAGUUGGAUCACGCGAGUCAGCGGUUGAUAAUUUCGACGCUUGAAUGCAUCCGAAAUAUGUCCGAUGUACCAACGAAAGACAUUGAUGUUUCCGCACUUCUCAAUAAACUUAUCCAACUUUUAGGCGCUGUCGACCCAAUUGUCGUUCUUUAUUGUACAGGUAUUUUAUCAAAUUUACUGGCUAAUAACCAGAAGAAUAAAGAAUUUUUGUAUGGUCGUGGAGCAAUUACAACUCUCUAUCGAGUUCUCAUUAAUUAUUGUAAUACUCCUGCUGCAACUCCUAGCCAACAGCAACGCAUCGAAGAUAUACAGGAACGUGCAUUAGCCACAUUGCGUCAUUUAUGUGUUGGGCAUUCUCAUCAAGCUGAGGCGCAAAAAGUGAUAUUACAUACAGAAUUUGCUGCUGAGUUUUUAUUACGUAAACUUACAGAAAUGCGUCCGUCAAUACUCAAACAGACAUUACAGAUACUGAAUAAGGCAGCAUUACAAGAUAGUAAUUUAUCCAUUUUACGCUCAACCCGUUUGAGGAUUUCUCCUGAUUGUGAAACAACUUUUAUUGAAAGGAUCGUUUUAAUACUCAAAGUAGCAUGUGAACAAAUACCAUCGACACAAAUGAUUGAAGAAAUCAGAGUUGCUGAGCUUAUUCAGUUAUCUCUUUCAACACUUCAGUUAAUGUGCCGAGAUCCACACCUUCUUAAUCAAAUUGUUUAUAUGGUUAGAAGACAGGACUAUCAUCUUUAUAAAGAAGGUGGAGAAAGUGUUCCGCUUCCAACGUUUUGCCUUUACCAAGCAUAUGUCGAAGAUGAAAAUUUAAAACGCAGUGCAUUAGGAUUGAUUUCAGAAUUGGCUUUAUAUCCAGACAUGGCAGCUUUAUUCUCAUCAGACAGUUCAUUGAUGGCCACAUUUCAACAUUAUUCUCGAAGUCGUAAUCAAGCAUUUGCAACGUAUGCUGAACAGGCUUAUCAAAGGUCUUUGCAAGGUGGCAAUCCGGCAAUCCAUUACCAUAAUUAUAUGAACAGUGCUCCAAUGUUCCGCUCAACAGUUGCAACAGCUCCUAACCAAAUACCUUAUAAUUCAUCUUAUCCACAAGCUCACCAAGCGAAUUACAUUCCUUCAAAUUAUUCGAUGACUAAUCCAUAUAUAGGUGAUCAAUUGGGCCAUUUUCCACAACAACAGCAGCAACCUACGAUGUCUACAACACCAAUUGCAUGUGGCGGUCAUGAAUGCUCUUCUGAGGAGAGUGUUCAAGAUAUUUCUGUGCAAAUGUCCAGCUCUCAGUCAACACCAUACUUGAGGGAAAAUGCUCAGAAUUGUAGUACAUUGGAUUAUUCUUCUUCGGAUUUUUGGCCUGAGGAUUUAUCCGGUUUGUCAAUAAAUGAUGAUCCUUUUGCCACAAUUUUCUGCUCUCCACAAUUCGAUUCAACCCAGCAAAGGCUAUCGCAUCAACAAAUUAGGCCAUCUUAUCCAUCAACAGAUGUGAAAAAUCAAGAAGCAGUGGCGGGUAACAUAUAUUGCAACGCUGGUAUGCAAGACUACUAUUAUAAUCAGGCCAUGGAAAGUAUACAUAUGGGAAGUCCAGAAGCACCGGCUUCUUGGCAUGAUCCAAGUAAUACCUAUCGAAAUUACAUGUAA